UGUUAGUAUAAUCUUCGCGUAACACAAAUAAGUACUAUACCUAAUAAGAACCGGGAAGGGGAAUCAAUACAUAGAAAAACGUUUUUAUUUGCACUAUAAAAAUAAAAGCGUAUCAUUCGUCAUUCAGCUGACAAAAAAAUAUGUUCUCACGUGUAUGCAGUAGGCAUUAGUGGUUGUGUUAUGGUCUUCAAGUUAUUUUAAUAACCAAAUGUGAUAUAUUUUUUAUUGUGUGUUGUUAAAAAAGAAUAUUUACAAAAAUGAAAAACGAAGAUAGUUGUUUUCAAAGUAUUUCCUUAUGUGGAAAGAAAAUCCCUUUCCGUUUUUGGAUAGGAGUUAUGAUUUUUAUGACAACAUUUGUAAACUAUGUAAUGAGAUCAAAUAUGUCGGUCAGCAUUUUAGCCAUGACCAAACACCACAAAAAUCAAAGCCAUAUGGGAUCAUGCCUAGCAAACUCAACUUUUGACAAUUUGACCACGCCAUUAACAACAUUGGCACCAGUGAUCCCAAAAUUCGAAGAUGAAGGUAUAUUUGAGACCAGAGAGUACACGCAAAGACAGCAGUCCCAAAUUUUGGCAGCGUAUGGAUAUGGUUAUGUGGCUUCCUCAGUGCUUGGUGGAUUUUUGUCUGAAUAUUUUGGACCUUGGAAAACAGUGUUUUACUCAAAUUUAGGCAUGGUUAUAUUUACUGUGCUAUGUGUGCCUGCUGCUUUAAUACAUUGGACGGCUCUUUUUGCAACUAGAGUUCUUAUAGGAGCCUUGGGGGGUGUUGUGUAUCCAGCUGUUCAAGUCCUUAUUUCACGUUGGGCGCCAAAAGAAGAAAAAGGGAAAUUUUUAAGCGCCAUGUUGGGUAACACGUUAGGAACAGCCAUUGCAUUUCCAGUUAUUGGCUUGAUAAGUCAGUACAUGAACUGGGCAUGGGGAUUUUUCUUCAUAGGGAUUGUUGUUAGUUUGUACUUGAUUGCAAUUUUUUUUAUUUUAUCAGAUGGUCCCGAUAAAAGUACCCUUAUAUCUGAAGAAGAGAAGGAUUAUCUCGCAGUUGCAGUGCCUCCUCCAAAAGAAAAGUUAGUGGCACCCUACUACCAAAUUUUUACAUCAGUUCCAUUUUAUGGACUUCUUGGAGCCCAUGUUGCAAAUUUAUAUGGUUUAUUCGUCCUUAUUAUCAGUGUACCAAAAUUCUUUAAAGAAUAUCUUGGACAAGAUCUUAAACAAUCUGGUAUUUUAUCAGCGAUGCCCCAGCUGUUUAGAUUGGUAUCUGGAAUAUUAUUUGGAAUAAUUGGAGAUAAAUUGGAGUCUAAGAAUUAUAUAUCAGUAACUGCACUCAGGAAGAGUUUUAUUCUAUUUUCUCAUAUUAUUCCAGGAGUUUGUAUGAUUUGCAUGCAAUUCGUUGGAUGUAAUCAAUUGGCUGCAACUGCACUAUUAGUGUUGACUCAAGCUUUUAAUGGAGCUGUAGUAUGCACUAACCUUCGCAACCCACAAGAUUUGGCUCCCAAUUUUGCUGGUACCAUUUUUGGUAUUAUUAGUCUUAUUGCUGGAUGCACGCAGUUUAUAGUACCAGUGGUAACUGGUGAAUUACUUGGUGAUAAUCCUAAUCCAGGAUUGGACAGAUGGAAAUGGGUUUUCCUAAUUGGAGGAGGUAAUUACAUACUGGGUGGACUUAUAUUUAUUUUAUUGGCAUCUGGUAAAAAACAGUCGUGGAACGAGCCCAAAGAAACCAAAGCGUCUAUUACAUAGUUUUUUAAUAUUUAAUUAUAAUUAUUUUUUUUUAACUAAGUUAGGUAUCUCAGGACUAUAAUUAUGUUUAUUUUUUAU